UCGUUGAGCUGUUUGAGUACUAUUCGCAACUCUGUUGAUUUUGUUAUUUCAAAAGUAAAAACAUCAAACAACGAAGGUUAACAUUCGGCAAUAAUUGGACUAAGUUCAGAACAAUUCGGGAUGUUUCUCUAUGGAAAACUAAGAAAACUGAAAAAGAACGAGAAGAUUGCGGAGCGGAAGCAAGAAAUUCUUCGUGAAAAAAAAGUGUUUGUUCUUGACAACUCCUUAAGAGAGAGUACCGUUGGACAACUUAGAGGUCAUACCAUUGAGAAUAAAUGGAAAAUUUAUGAAGAGAUAAAGAAAGUUGGCUUCAAACAUUUCAUUGUCACAUCGUUUUCCCAUAUGACCCGUGUUGGAGAUACAUUUAUUCGUCAACUUGCCGAGAAAGGAGAGGAUUUCAGCACAUUCUACGCCUUUACCGAGUUUAUCGAAUCUGUUGAUAGUCAAACCAGAAUCCCUGACACCGAGACCAUUCCAAUUGGCCUGAAAAAGAUGAAAGAAUUGGGUAUUCGAAAUCCGAUUAUUGAAGCUGAUUUGUUUUAUCCCAGUAUCGACUACAAAGUAUUUAAUGUUGAAGCAAUUAACAGACUUUUCUCACAAAGAAUGCGAUGGGUUCGUGAAAACCUUUCAAAAGACGCCAACAUUUUCAUCAAUCUGCGUGAUAUCGCUGAUGCCAUAAUUAAUAAACCAAGGCGCGUGUUUAAAGUUGUAAAGUACCUUUCCUCAUUACCAGAAAACCAGCGUCCUUUUGGUUUGAUCUUCGAGGAGCCAACUGGAAACUACUUGCCAGAUCAACUUGCUUUUUGGACCGCUGCAGUGCGUAAAGAGAUGAACGAAUGUGGUUUCCAAGACGGCCAUUUGUUAGUUCACAUUCACGAGAAGUGGGGGAUGGCUCAAGUCAGUCAGUUAGAAUGUCUGCUGAAUGGAGCUACAGGUAUCUGGUGUAGUGUAUGUGAAGAAGGAGCAGCCUUGGGUCAUGCAUCUUCUAGUGUGACCUUAUUGAAUCUGAUUCGUUUGGGUAACAAACGUGUCUUGAAACAAUAUAACUGUGAACAGCUACGUCAAGCUGCUCAAGAAGUGACAAGAAUAACAACUGGUUGCGAACCACAUCCUAAACAACCUGUGUACGGCGAACGAGCCCUGGAUAUUGUAUUUGAUGGUAUGAUGGGUUCAAGUCCUGAUGAUGAUGGUUUUUGUAUGGCAACAUUUUUCGGGCAAAAACCCUUGAUGAGAAUGACAACGUUGGCAUCACCAAGAAUGAUUGUUGAGAGACUACAAACGUUGUUUGGCGAAAAUGCUCAGUUCACAGAAGAAUAUGCAGAGCGAAUGCGUGAGGUGAUGUUGAAAGAUCUUCAUGAGGAUAGAAAAGAAGAGUACAUGAGUAAAGUUGGUCUGGCUAUCCUGUUUGAUCGGUCUGGUGGCAAACUUACUGAAGCAAUGGCUAAAGCGAUUGAAGACGAAAAGCCUAAAACAAUUCAUGGUCAGAAUCUUAUUGCUGAAAUACGAGAAUCGUGGGACGAAUGGGAUAUACGCGAUGGUGAGAAAGAUGAUCAAUUAGAAUUCGAUGCGUUUUAUAACGGCUUCAUGGCGCCAUAUUUUGGAUGUUACCGAUGCGAGCCUACCAAACGUGCAUUGAAAGCAAUUGAUAUGGAUCAAGAUGGAAAGGUAGACUGGAAUGAGUUCUCGCUGUAUCUCAAGUGGGCGAUUCGUGAAUAUCCAGAUAUCAAAGAUUCAGAGGAAUUGCUUUCUGUAGCUUUUCGUAAGGGUCUUAUUCCAUCCAUGCAAGAUGAAAUUUUAACUGAAAAGGGCCAAACUGAAGCCUAAAUACCUGACUGUAGGGUAAUAUAUAACGUCCUAUAACCUAUAUAGUCAAACACUUUUCUACUCUUUUUUUGAAAGAAGUUGUUAUAAAAUAGGUUUCCAACGAUCAGUUAAUGAGCAUUCAAUGCAUCGGUUUGAUCCUCAUUGGAAGUUUCAGGAGAUUUUUAGUCUGAUUUGUAAUCAAAUUACAGUAACAUAACCAAGUCCUGAAGUUAAUG